UUCAAGAUCGCAUCAAGACAAGAGUUGCUGAAUUCAUGGUUUCGUGCCACAAUAGUCAAUAAUAUGCAGUGAAACCUUGACUUCGGCUUCUCAGUUUAGGUGGUAUGGCAAGUCAUAUAGUGCCACCGUGAUGAAGUUGAAUUAGUGAAGAAAUACAGCUAUUCAUAAGUCCGAGGGAGAACAGUUCGGACAUAUUUGUCCAAGGAGGGGGAAGUGAUCAGUAAAAUGUCCUCUACGCCUUUCAUCUCACAGGGAAGCUUUCUCUUCCGUCCAACUUCUACUAAGAGGAAGAAAUCUGCAAGUUCUUCUGGAUCUUCUGCCGGAACUGGGUUUCAAGCCUUCCCUGGCGAACCAGCACAAGCAGCGAAGCAACGCUUUGAAUGCUUUCAGCAAUCUUAUGAAGUGGUGGAAACCAUCUUCAAGAACCUCAGUCAACUGCAGCACCGAGACUUGGUCUUGUCACUGAUUGACUGCCUGAGCCGUGAUGCGGAUCCAGCCAGCAUAGCACGAAUGCACUGUCGAGUGGACGACAGGUCUAGCAAUGGGGACUCUACUGCUGACAAUCAAGAACAAGACUUUCUACGCAUGUAUAAAUGGCCAACAGGCUCGCAAGAAACGUUGCAUCUGCGCACAGUGGCUUUGUCAGCCGGUGCCAAUGCCCUGGAUCAUGUUGAGCUUUUUGAUUAUCUGCGCAAGCGUCUUCGGAAGGACCUCACCCCAUUUGUAGUGAUAUUGUCAGCCUCAGAGUGUACAACAAUGAAGCGUCUCCUGCGGGUACUCUGCGCUGCCAUUCAAGAGGUUGAUGAAUCUUGCCCGGAUCACUCUACCAUCUCCUCUCUGUUUGACUGGCUCAAGGAGCAGCACUACUCGCAAAAUAUUGCGUCAGCACCGCUGCCAGGCAAGAAGUCAACUGGAAGACACGGAUCUCAGGCUGGAAAGGACAAGACAAGCAAGAUAAAUGAUCCAUCACUGGCGGAAUCCAGGUCAGCAGUGCAGCCAGUCGUCAUUGUCCUCCAGGAGUUUGAAAGCUUUCAAAGUCAGCUACUGGACGACUUUCUUUCUCUUUGCCACUUCUAUCUGGAUCGCAUACCCUUUAGGCUGGUGUUUGGCCUAAGUUCGAGUAGUAGCAGUGAGAAUGUUUCGACACUUUUGCCUCCCGGUGUUAAUCAACUGUUGGCCAUCACUUCAUUCCGCUCAGCUCCUGCAGCAACCUAUCUUGCUACUAUAGUCGAAAAGGUACUGUUUUCUGCUCAGCACUCUUUUCGCCUUGGUCACCAGUCAUUGGCGCUGCUGAUUAGCCACUUUCUACAUGUGAACCAUUCAGUGGCAGCCCUGAAUCAGGGCAUCAAGCUAGCAAUGCUGGAACACUAUCGGAGCAUGCCGCUUAGUAACUUGUGUUCGCCUGGUGACUGUAGCCGGAGAGUGGAUCUGGUCUGCCAUGGGAAAAAGGAAUGGGAUUUACUGCGCUCUCUUCCCACCAUGAAAAAGUACAUUGAGUCUCAGGAAGCGCAGUGUCAGCUCAACUUACUGCAGAAAGACGUCGACUUCAAGGCAUGUGUGAUCAGUGCAGUGCAAGACAUACAGCUGUAUCACAGUCAGCUGCUAUCUGCACUCGCCACUCUGCACACACUGUUCCAUGAUCUACCGCAGCCAUCCAUUGGGAAUCAGAUUGUGGACAUCUACAGCAAUGUGCUCCGAGGAGAACUGAUGGAGAGUGAAGGCUUCAAGAACUCAUUGAGGUGUUUCAAGCUGUUGUCACGUGACGACAUGAUUAGUCGCGUUCGAUCUAGUCUCACUCACCUGUCAUCAGUCCCGGAGAACUCUGCCUUGUGUGAGCGCUGCACACAACUUGUUGGCAAACUAGAACAGCUCGGUACUCGCUCCUUGUCCACAUCAGAUGAUUUACAAUCAGCACGGGGUGAUGAGUGUGCUGAGAGCAGCUCCGAUGCACGUGCAGCAGCAGCAGCAGGACCUGCAGCAGCUACGUCAUCAACUGGUAAUGCAGUUUCAUUGUCGACUGCCGAUCGUCGCCAUCGUCUACACCAGCGCCUCCGCAGCUACCGCAGUUCCAACACCCAGCAAACGGAUGUCACGACCUGCGUCACGACUCUGCUGAAUGAGUUCUGCGAUUAUUUCAGGCAUGCUGUGCGACCACCAUCUUUGCUGCCGCUCUCAGAAUUGUUUUACUGCGGUGCUCCAUCAGCACGCAUCCUCCAACAGACCACACUGGCAUCACCUCGCUUGAGUGUCCAGCAGGCCCUUCUCAAUCCACAGCCUAUUCUGCAGUGCACCUGUUGCGAGGCAUCAGCACAGGCACCAUCUGCUAGCAUGCCACCAUUGUCUGUUGCUUAUUGGAUUUGUACCGAAUGUCCACGGAAUAUAAACCUUCAUGAUUGGCUGAUGUCGUUCUUAUCAAUUGUGAAGACUGAUGCUGGUGGUAGCCAAGGCAAGGACUCAAUCGGUGCAAAGAAGAAGAAAAAGAAAGCAGGAGCAGCUUCAGCUACUUCUGCCGUGUCUGUUGCUGCCGUUGAUGACAAAGUGUGGCAAUCGGCAUUCAUCCAAUCCGUCUCAGAACUUCAGCUGCUUGGCUUCAUCAAGUCUACACGGCAGAAGACAGAUCAUGUGCGUCGCUUGGUUUGGGGACGUUGCUAGUUGGCCUUGGUGCCGGCCAAGUGAGUGUCCAUUGAUGUGGCGCCCCUGCUGUCACCCUGAGUCUAAUAAAACAAUAUUCCUUAUUCUAAUGCUGAUGUCACCUACCCUCUCUAUCUCUCUGUCUCUCUCUCUCUCUCUCUGUCUCUGUCUCUCUCUGUCUCUCUGUCUCUGUCUCUCUGGCUCUGUCUCUCUGGCUCUCUCUCUCUCUCUCUCUCUCUCUCUCUCUCUCUCUCUCUCUCUCUCUCUCUCUCUCUCUCUCUCUCUCUCUCUCUCUCUCUCUCUCUCUCUCUCUCUCUCUCUGUCUCACUCUCUCUCUGUCUCUCUGUCUCUGUCUCUCUGUCUCUCUGUCUCUCUCUGUCUGUCUCUCUCUCUCUCUCUCUCUCUCUCUCUCUCUCUCUCUCUCUCUCUCUCUCUCUCUCUCUCUCUCUCUCUCUCUCUCUCUCUCUCUCUCUCUCUGUCUCUCUGUCUCUCUCUCUUUCUCUCUCUCUCUCUCUCUCUCUCUCUCUCUCUCUCUCUCUCUCUCUCUCUCUCUCUCUCUCUCUCUCUCUCUCUCUCUCUCUCUCUCUCUCUGUCUCUCUCUCUCUCUGUCUCUCUCUCUGUCUGUCUCUCUCUCUCUCUCUCGCUUUCUUUUUUUAAACUUUAUUAGAGCCUCGCUUGGACCAUUUAAAAGUUUGUAGCUGGACAUAUCCUGUUGCUUCUGCUGCUGCUUUUAGAAAGUUCAGUUAUAGAAACCAGUUCAAACCAGCUUUCCCGGUACUAUAUCUGAUCACAGGACCGUACUGAUUGUGAGGCUUUGUUGGAUUCUCGAGUUUCACUACCAUUGAGUUGAAUCAUGCAAAGUGAAUCCACGGCAUAGUAC